UACUAAGUUAAAAAAUGUAUAAAAAAAGCGACCAAUUAUCUUCAAAGUUCAAACUCAGUGUGUUGUCUGCAGACUGCAGCUGUUGAGAGAUUGAAGGGCAACAAGUGACUUCAUCAAACCUUUGUCUGUCUGCUUGCAAGUUGGAACCUUUCCUCAAAAUCAAAACAUGCAACAGGGUGGUGGAUCUGGCAAGGAGGUGACUUGGGAGGAUCAACAGAAUAUCAACAAAUUUGGCAGAUUAAACAACAGAUUCCACGAGCUUGAAGACGAAAUUAAGAUUGCCAAGGAAACCAAUGAUAAUCUGGAGGAUGCAAGCAAUGAGUUGAUUCUUACCGAUGAGGAGGUGGUUCGGUUCCAAAUUGGAGAAGUCUUUGCUCAUGUUCCAAAGGAUGAGGUUGAGACCAGGAUAGAGCAGAUGAAAGAGGUGACUGGUCAGAACUUGGAAAAACUUGAGGAAGAGAAAAAUUCUGUGCUUGCACAAAUGACUGAGUUAAAGAAGAUUUUGUAUGGAAAGUUUGGGGAAUCCAUCAACUUGGAGGAGGAUUAAUGAGGUAGGUUUUUAUUUUCUUUCCUUUCUUCCUCAGCAGCUUUCUUACUGAUUUACUAUGUUAUCCAUGGAAGAAGUCUCUUGUUCAUGGUUUUGUUGGAUAUUUCAGAUUGCUGUGUAAGCUUCUUGAAUAUAGAUGCUGUAUUUUUCUUACUCAGAUUUAUCUUUUAUGAAGUGAUCCAUUCUCUUCAAA